CCGCAGUUUGAGACGUCACCACUCGCAAGCACGUGGACGCCGAAGUGCGGAAGUGUGGAGAUGCGCACAUAAGCUGUAUUGAUCUAAUCACACAUAGGUGGUCCAGAUGUCUCGUUCAGAUGUGCUGUCUCUCUACAGGAGGGUCCUGCGCAUCGCACGCAGUUGGACAGCGCAAUCUGCUCUUUCACAUGACACUGACACAGAGAGGAAAUACAUCGCACAGGAGGCUCGAACCCUCUUCAGACAGAACCAGCAGAUAACAGACCCAGAAUCAAUCAAAAGAUGCAUUGAAGAGUGCGAAGCUCGGAUAGAGAUAGGACUGCAUUAUAGGAACCCCUAUCCUAGACCAACGUAUCUUCCUCCAAUGGGUCUGGCCACUCAGAAAGGCAGAAAACUGCGAGCUCAGGAGAGACUGAGGAAACAAGCCAAGCCGGUGUACUUGCAGUCUCACGACGAGACCUGACAUACACAGACACUACUCUACUGAUCUUAAAGUGUUCAAUAGCACCUGGGAACAUUAUAAAGUCUGUCAGUUUAUGUUAUUUCUAGCUAAAAAGACAGCAUUAUGAAAGAGAUCAUAGUCAAGUUCCUCUCACUGCCAGUGUAAAGCAUGAUGAACAAAAAUUCGGUCAUCAUUUACUCUCCCUCAUGUUGUUCCAAACCUGUAUGAGUUUUUUUCUUCUGUUAUUUUGAGUUUUGAACUGUUUGGUUACCCACAUUUCCUCAAAAUAAAAGAAAUCAUAAAGGUUUGGAACAACAAUAGGGGGAGUGAAUGAUGACAGAAAUUUAAUUUUCGGAUGAACUACACUGCCAGUCAAAAGUUUUUGAACAGUAACAUUUUUUAAACAUUUUUUGAAGAAGGUUCUUCUGCUUACCAAGGCUGCAUUUACUUGAUCCAAAGUUCAGCAAAAACAGUAUAAUCGUAAAAUAUUUUUACUAUUUAAAAUAUCUGUUUUCUAUUUGAAUAUAUUUAAAAAUGUAAUUUAUUCCUGUGAUUUCAAAGUUGAAUUUUUGCAUCAUUACUCCAGUCUUCAGUGUCACGUGAUUUUUCAGAUAUCAUUCUAAUAUUCUGAUUUGCUGCUCAAAACAUUUAUUACAUUGAAAACAGCCAAGUAGAAUUUUUUUUAGCUUUCUUUGAUGAAUAGAAGGUUCAGAAGAACAGCAUUUAUCUGAAAUAGAAAUCUUUUGUAAUUUUAUAAAUGUCUUUAUCAUUACUUUUGAUCAAUUUAAAGCAGCCUUAAUUAAAAUUAUUAAUUUCUAUUAAUCAAAAAUCCUGAAAAAAGUACUCAACUGUUUUAAAUAUUGAUAAUAAUAAUAAUAAUAAUAAAUAAUAAUAAUAAUAAAAAAUUUAGAAUUAGGAUCAUGUGACACUAAAGACUGAAGUAAUGAUGCUGAAAAUUCAGCUUUGAAAUCACAGGAAUAAAUAGCAUUUUAAAAUAUAUUCAGAUUUUACUGUUUUCGUUGUACUUUGGAUCAAAUAAAUGCAGGCUUGGUGAGCAGAAGAGACUACUUUAAAAACAUUUAAGAUCUUGCUGUUCAAAAACGUUUGACUGGUAGUGUAUUCGUUUAAUGUGAGCUGUUUUGUUUGAUGUUAAAGUUGUAUUUAUUAUAUAUGUCAUAUACUGCAUUGUGUAAAGGUUUCAGUUAAUGUUGCAUUCAAAGUAUCUAGCUGUAUUUCAAUUAAAGUUUAUUAUUUCUUAUGCCAUA